AUGGACAGUUUUAUCAACUACUUCGAAGAAGUCUGUCUUCGGCAAAUAGCAUGUUUUGAUCAUGCUUUGAACAUUGUUGGUGGUUACCGUUGUUCAAAACACGAAUACAAAAUCAUCUUUGAACCUAACACCAUUGUGGAUACUGUGGAUGAUGUUGUUGAUUUGGAUAUUCCUAACCAUGUGUUUGAAUUCACUCCUUUUGCUGAGAUUUCAAAUUUCAUUGCGAAUUUUGAUUUCUGUUUUGAUGUUAUUGGACAUGUUAUUGGUGUUAGUGAGGCGAUCAUUGAUGGGGAUAAGAAGAGGAUAUCUGUGGAGCUGGAGGAUGAAAGGGCUGACAGGUUAAAGAUCACCCUGUGGAAUGGAAAUGCUGAUGCCAUAUCAGCAAUGAUGGCUGAUCAUCCAGUAAUGUCGGUGGUGUUUAUUAUGCAAUAUGUGAAAUGCAAAAAGUGGAACUCAAGAGCUUCAGUCACCACUAAUAUGUACAAUGGCAGAAUCUUCCUAAAUGACAUGUCUAUGCCUGCAAUUUCUGACUACAAAAUGAGAUUGGAGGAUAUUGAGGAUAAAGAUGCAACUGUCCAACGGAUUUCUAUACUUUCUAACAUAUCUGGAUACAAUACUUAUGAAGACUUUGUGAAGGAUGUAUCAAUGUUAACUCUGUCUGAGAUAAAGGAGUUAGAGGAGCCUUGCUAUGUGGUUACUUUUGCUAAAAUUACUGGAUUGGUGAAGGAGUUUGAUUGGUACUACUUAGGAUGUAGAGACUGCAACAAGAAGGUCACAGAAAUAGGUAAAGACACUGAUACCAGAUUAGUAGGAUUGCCUAAAAGUAAUCAACGUGGCAAGGGGAAAAAGGUCACCAGUGAAAUCAAUGGUGAAGGUAUCAAGAAGUUUCUAUGCAGCAAACAUGGUCCUGUUUCUGCUGUUACUCAAAAACAAGUUUACAAUUUAAUUAACAAGAAUGCAUCUGAACUCCUUGAAGAGGAACCAGGAGUUUAUUAUCCAAAUAAGCUAGAAAAACUUAAAGGAAAAAAGUGUUUGUUCAAGCUUGAUGUUUCACAGUUUAAUAUAAGGAACAUGGAUAGUGAAAUGUCAGUUGCUAGGAUUACUACAGUUGCUGCAAUUAUAAAACAAUACCUACAAGCUGUAUCUGAAGAUCUGGAAAUAGAUGCAAAAACCAGUAUUGAAUUUGGGCUCAGUAUGACCCAAACAGAUGAUAGUACUGCAAAGACUGCUGUAUCAUGUACUGGUGAUGUUAAUAUCCAGAAUACUGAUGUUGGAACUCCUCUGGUAGAUACUGCUGAUAGUCCCCCACCAAAGAAGACUAAAUCUACUCAAGACCCUGAGAGUGUCAAAUCCCACCAGAAUAAAUGUGUCAGGAAAAUCUGA